UUUCCCACACCUCAUACACACACAAAGAUCUACAACUACAUCUCUGUCUUGCAUUAAUCAGAAGUGCAUAAUAGAAAAUUUCAUAACUAAUCAGAAUGCGUUACCUAGCACAGUAUUUCAGAAGUUUUUGCUAUAAUUACUGUUUUUGCCUUUGUUACUUUGAGUAGUAUUGAAUUGCGGUGAGAGCAUCCAUCACUCCACGGGUCCCCAUGCCUAGACCCACUGACUGACCAGGGGUGACGUGUGGAGGGUAGGAACAUUAUGUCAAGAUUCCUCAGGCACUGAAAGUGUUUGGUUCAUCACGUUUCCACAGGCAUUAUGAAGUAGAGUGAGCACAGGAGAAUAAUGUGGCCUAUUCAGAGACCUUGAGGCUCAAACUUCUGUUUUCAUCCCGGAAAGGAGUUCCCUUCAACUUGUCACUUCUGUCCUGAGGAUGUAAUAAAACUGAUCUCAGUUUCUCCGUGCCGUCAAUCACACCAAAUUUAUUAGCUAGAGGUGACCUGAGACACUAUGGCAGAAUUACAGGAGGCAGUACUCAAGCCAGAGCGCAAGAGCUCUCAGGAAGUUCCUGAGGUCUGUCAGGACUCACAACUGAUGAUAAAAUUUCGGGAGUAUUCAAAAAUGCUUGACGAGAAAAAUGACAAGUAUGAGCGUAUUUACAAGACCAGCAGGGACAUUACCGUCCGAAGCAAGAGGGUCAUUUUCACCCUUCAUAGAAUUCCAGGUGUGACAGAAGAAGUAAAGGAAAGCCUGAUGUCAUCUGCUGCUAAUGAACUGAGAGACAUUGAGCAGACUUUGAUGAAGCACAUAGCAAUGGAAUUAAGGGAUGAAGACCCACAUCAGUUUGUGUAUGCUUAUACGUCAGGUAUUCAAGAAUAUAUAGAAGCUCUCUCGUUUCAUUAUUUUUUGAUGACUGGUACAAUAAUCAGUCACAAUGAUGCACAGAAGAAAGUGACUUUUGGGAAUGGGAAAGAGGACCAUGCAGAUGUGGUGCCCCUCAGUGUCCUCCUUCAGCCCAAGGAAUACAUUCUGGGCAUUGCUGACCUCACAGGUGAACUCAUGCGUUUCUGCAUCAAGUGUGUCAGCACCGGUGACUUUGACAAAUGUUACAAGAUCUGUGACAUUCUCAAGACAAUGCAUGGAGGCUUCCUGUCUUUAGGUUACAUUCCAGCCAAGGAGCUCUACCAUAAAAUGAUGGUGUUUAAGUCAAGCUUACACAAAGUAGAAGAGGCAUGUUAUUCAUUACAGCUACGCAAGUCUGAAGUUCCCGCUGAAAUGCUAAGUGAUGUAUUUGCUAUGUAUGAUGCUGAUGAAAACCAUGCUCAUUUCAUGUAAUGUUCAUUGCUUUUAUCAUUAUCAGAAUCUUGUCAUAUUUAAUGUGGAGGUUCAGAAGUUGGUAGAAAAUUUGCAGCUAGUAAGAGGAUGUGAAGGACAUAAAAAUUAUGAUAAAAGCAGUGACCUUAAAAGUUUGAAACACUGAAAAGUUUACAUGAUAUGUGAAAGAUUCCUUGUAGAUUGAGGGAUUUUUGAGUCAAAUAUAUUGAAUGAAAUGUCGGUCAAGAAAUAUGAAUAAGUGAUCAAGGAAAAUGCAAACCAAUAUCGAGGAGGAUGUCUGAAUGUUGACAGAUAAGGAUUAGCAGAUCUGAGGUGCAGACAACUUCCUCACAGUUUUAUAACAUUUGAGGAUGUUAGGGCAUAGAAUUAGUUCCUUUUCUCUUUUUUUUCACAUGAAAAGCUUCGGGGCCAUGUGGUCUAAAGAACCCCCUGCUGUGUAACUGAAGGGUUUUCUGUUUAAGCAAAGGAAGCAGCCUUGUGUAAUUUGAAUAUUGUAUAAAGAGAUAUGGUGACAGGUGAUGGACAGGUUAUUACACUUGGCUUAUAACCACAAGAUCUAUAGUUCAAAUUGCCAGUCACGUAAUUUUAGUAUCUUCUUUCACACUGUGGUUCUGAUCACUUAAGAGAAAAGAGGUUAUUAUGAAGUCAUGACAUAACUGUCUGAUAGGAAUGAAAGGCUAGUAAUGCUGCCCUCCUCCUGGUGUGCAAGGGCCCUACAAAAGUGGAAGGACAACAAUCAUGUACUUUUGUGUGUGUGUGUGUGUGUGUGUGUGUGUGUGUGUGUGUGUGUGUGUGUAUCUUUGGUGGAAGAGACCAGAAUUAGUCUAUGGUGGCAAACAAAUAAAAAAGAUCUGAAAAUAAUAAAGAUAUCCACCUUAA